AAUUUAUUAUAAAAAAUGGUAGUUCGGCAAUAUCAAGAAGAAUUAAAAUUCUUAGAAAAAAUAACUGAUACAUGCUGGAAAAUAAAAAAGGGUUUUCAACCUAAUAUGAAGGUUGAAGGUGUUUUUUAUGUAAAUAAUACAUUGGAACGUUUAAUGUUUGAUGAAUUGAAAAAUGCAUGUAGACCAGGAGCAGUAGGUGGCUUUCUUCCAGAUGAACAAAUUGCUAAUGUUGCUGCCCUUCCUGGAAUUGUGUGGAGAUCUGUUGGAUUGCCUGAUGUACAUUCUGGAUAUGGUUUUGCUAUUGGUAAUAUGGCAGCAUUUGAUAUGAAUGAUCCAAAAUCUAUAGUAUCACCUGGUGGAGUAGGAUUUGAUAUAAAUUGUGGAGUACGAUUAUUAAGAACUAAUCUUUUUGAAGAAGAUGUUCAACCUGUAAAGGAACAACUUGCCCAAAGUAUGUUUGAUCACAUUCCUGUUGGUGUUGGUUCAAAAGGAAUUAUUCCUAUGAAUGCACGUGAUUUAGAAGAAGCUUUAGAAAUGGGAAUGGAUUGGUCUCUCAGAGAAGGUUAUAUUUGGGCAGAAGAUAAAGAACAUUGUGAAGAAUAUGGUAGAAUGCUUAAUGCAGAUUCUUCAAAGGUAUCAAUGAGAGCAAAAAAACGUGGGCUUCCACAGUUAGGAACAUUAGGAGCAGGAAAUCAUUAUGCUGAGAUUCAAGUUGUAGAUGAAAUUUAUGACAAAUGGGCUGCAUGCAAAAUGGGAAUUGAAGAAAAAGGUCAAAUUUGUGUUAUGAUUCAUUCUGGUAGCAGAGGAUUUGGACAUCAAGUUGCAACUGAUGCUCUUGUACAAAUGGAAAAAGCUAUGAAACGAGACAAUAUUGAAACUAAUGAUAGACAAUUAGCAUGUGCUCAUAUCAAAUCUCAAGAAGGACAAGAUUAUCUAAAAUCAAUGGCCGCAGCCGCCAAUUUUGCUUGGGUUAAUAGAAGCUCUAUGACGUUUCUUAGUCGACAAGCAUUUGCCAAGCAAUUUCGAUUAUCUCCUGAUGAUUUAGAUAUGCAUGUUAUAUAUGAUGUCUCUCAUAAUAUUGCAAAAAUAGAAGAACACAUAGUUGAUGGAAAACAGAAAACACUUCUAGUACAUAGAAAAGGAUCAACAAGAGCAUUUCCACCUCAUCAUCCUUUGAUCCCUGUAGACUAUCAAUUAACAGGUCAACCUGUUUUAAUUGGAGGUACUAUGGGAACUUGUAGUUAUGUUCUCACAGGAACUGAUCAAGCUAUGAAAGAAACAUUUGGAUCUACUUGUCAUGGAGCAGGACGAGCUUUAUCUAGAGCAAAGUCACGUAGAAACUUGGAUUAUACGGAUGUAUUAGAAAAAUUAGAACGGCAAGGUAUAUCGAUUCGAGUCGCUUCGCCUAAGUUAGUAAUGGAAGAAGCGCCAGAAUCUUAUAAAAAUGUAACGGAUGUUGUAAAUACAUGUCAUGCUGCAGGCAUUUCGCGGAAAUGUAUAAAAUUAAGACCGAUUGCAGUUAUCAAAGGAUAAUUAAUCAUAUUAUGUAUAGGAAUUAUUUGUGUCGGAAUUUUGUCUAUUUCCAAUUCUAAUAGAAAAGAUGGAAUUGCAAGACAAUUUUAUACGCAAAUAAAAUUAUAAAUAAAUAUAUUGAAAAUAUUUUUCAAAUAUA